AUGGAAGAAGAAUGGUGCUUCCAACAGUUCAAAGGAAAAAUCGGCAAGACUCAGGGCAAGAAGUCUUGGUCGAAUCCUCACAAGAAUAAGGUCGAUGAUAGAGCUUCUAAAUCUUCGAAAAGAGGAGAAGGAAAUUUCUAUCAGAAAGACAAAAAAGAGAAAAAAGGUGUGCAAUGCUAUAACUCUGAAAAGUGGGGUCACUUGGCCAAGCAUUAUUGGUAUAGGAAAGACAAGAGAUCGACAAAAGGCAAGGACGAAGGAGUGAACCUUGCACGCCAAGAUUUAGAUGAUUUUAAUGACAUGAUGGUUAUGGUUAUAGUUACAGAUGACCAUGUCAAAUGCAAGAUCUGCUUCCUCGACUCAGGUUGCUCAAAUCACUUGACUGGUCGAAAAGUAUGGUUAGUAGAUUUUAAGGAGUCGAAGAAGAGCAAGGUCAAACUUGAUGAUAAUAACUUGUUGCAAGCUGAAGGCACUGACAACAUAGUUAUUCAAAGGAGUAAUGAAGUGAAAACCUUGACCAAAGAUGUAUUCUAUGUCCCUAGAAUAAAGUGUAAUCUGCUAAGUGUUAGACAACUGGUCGAAAAAGGGUUCUCAGUGGUUAUGAAAGGUGAAGCCUUAGAACUUUUUGACAUCUAG